CCCUCUCCCUCUUAUCCUCUCCGCCCCCGUAUAAGUAGCAGGGCGCACUCCAUUACGUUAAUCCCAUUCUUACAUCCAUCUCCAGCGCGAGCCAGAGCACGCUGGUUUGAAUAUAUACUGACUCUCUCCGCGCACGCACGCCCUGCCUAGAAGCUUGCGAGGACGAGGAGCAGAUACCGAGGAGAGAAAGAGAGGGAGGUCGGCCGCUGUCGUUUGCACCAGGCCGAAGCGAUUCUUGCUCGAGGGGUGGUUACAUGGCGGUGACGGCGACCACGGCCGCGGCGGCGGCCGCCAUGCUGGCGGCGGUGAUGGCCAUCUUCCUCUCCUUCGUGCUCUGCUUCUACAUAUUCCUCUGCGCCAAGAGGUCCCGCGGAGGGGCGCCGCCGCCGCCGGGGAGCGGCGUGAUGGCGCACCUGCGCUUCUUGUUCUGCGGCGGGGACGGGAGGGCCGGAGCGGGGGACGGCGUCGCCCCCUGGUUCUACGACGGGGGCCUGGACGACGCGUCCAUGGCGUCGCUGCCCCGCCGGGAGGUGGCCAAGGGGGAGGCCAUGGACUGCGCGGUCUGCAUCACGGAGCUCGCCGCCGGGGAGACGGCGCGCGUGCUGCCCCGCUGCGGCCACGGCUUCCACGUGGACUGCGUCGACAUGUGGCUCAAGUCGCACUCCACCUGCCCGCUCUGCCGCUGCCCGGCCGUCGACGCGCCGCCGCUGCCGCCCGCGCCCGUCCAGGCGCCCGAGGCCGACCAGGAGUCGCCCAACUUCCCCACCAACGUGCUCUUCUUCGGCUCCCAGGACGACGUCAGCACCGGCCGCGCGCAGCCGCAGCAGCAGCCUCCCGCCGCAACGACGCCUCAGUCAGCGCCUACUCCGUCGCAAGCGCAAGCGCCGGCCGCCGGGGCGUGCGGGCUGCGGCGGCUACUCGGGUGUGGCGGCGCGUCGCCGCCCCCGGCGCCUCAGGAGGAGGACGCGACCAGGGACAUAGAGAUGGGGCUCGCCGGCGGUGGCGAGAGCAGCGCGUCGUCGCGGCAGACGAAGCCGCCGCAGCCGUCGUCGUCGUGACGCCUGGGCUGGCACGGUGGACUUUUCCUCCUCCAACCUUUUGUGAUGUGCCGUCUUCCUUGCGUGGCGUCAUCGCAAGUUUUCCCAGCGUCUCCCGGUUACUCUUACUCGGUCUCGGAGUAAAAACUGUACAGAUUUUUAUAGAUGUGUGUGAUGUACAUGUGGAUAGAAUGAUCAUGUUCCGGCAUGACACCACAAAGAGAAGAAAACAAGUUUGCCUCCAUA